CUUUUAUAUUAGUGAUGGUAACCCUGUAUUCUCAUAAAAGUUGUGUCUUAAUUUUUUUUGUUGAAAGUUACACGAAAUUAAUCGAAUUUAUGAAGAAAAUUGGGAAAAGGAGUAUUAUUUAUCUGUCAAGUACUGCAAAAAAGCCUUAAGAAACUCAAAUUCUUCAGUUUGGUAGAUAAUUACUUGCUCUUUUACGAUGGCAGCCUAAGGUUGGAAUAAGCCAUACAACCGCCAUUUUAAGAUUCUCUAUUGGUAUAUGCACAACACAGAACGAAUAAUUACCAGUGGAUAUUUUAGUAACAUGUCUUUAAGUAAAACAGUGGGUGGCCUUAAUAAAGGCAAUGCAAAAGAAAAAGAACGAUCUACAGGAAAAGAGUCGAACAACUUGGUUGUUCGCAUAGAUCAAGAUUCAGAUAAUAAUCUGCAAGCCCUAUUUGAUAGCGUUUUAAAUCCAGGAGAAUCAAAACGUCCACUACAAGUGCCUUUUCGUAUGCGUCAACUACCAGAAUCGUUUUUCAAGCCACCUGCAACGACGUCGAGGUCACCAUCUGUAGCACAUUCACGCGCUAAUAGCGCUGAUUCUGCUUAUGACACUGGCUCGCAGCCCAAUGUUAGCCAAGGAAAUAUUUCCACGAGCUCUAUAGCCGCAGUUCCGGCUACAAUAACACAGCCACAAGUAGCAGCAAAUAGACUGGCUAUUUCUCAUUCGCGUGCGCAUAGUAGCCCAGCUUCACUUCAACAAACAUAUAAUGUACAUAUAGGUAACGUAAUGGAAGCAGGUGCAUGCUUGCAGGAUGGCAUUGGACCUGUCUAUACAUCAAACGCCUUACAAUUUCCUCCAGGCGUUAAUGCUGGGUCGGGAGUCCGAAUGGAUCAAGUCGACCAGUCAGUGACUAAAGAUGGAUCGAAUGCAAUUCAGACAUUUCAUAUGAAACAACGUUCAUAUGAUGUUGUCAGUACUAUACAGUUACAAAAUGAACUAGGACCAUUGCCUCCGGGAUGGGAGCAAGCAAAAACUAAUGAUGGUCAGAUUUAUUAUUUAAACCACACAACAAAAACGACGCAGUGGGAAGAUCCAAGGAUCCAAUUAAAACAGCAGUUAUUUCAAGAAGGACUUCCACAUAGUGUAAAUUUGAAAAAUAAAGAAUCUGUCAAUUUGGCUGAAAACUUGGGACCACUCCCGGAGGGAUGGGAGCAAGCAUACACAGAAUCUGGAGACGUAUACUUUAUAAACCAUGUAAACCGAACAACGUCUUGGAAUGAUCCCCGAAUACCCGAUUUUUUACAAAAACCAGUAAAAUCACAAAAACCGGGUCCAUCAUGGCUGAACAUUCAACAAAUUGAUAAGGAGCAGGACUAUUUUAAACAAAGUUCCGAACAGAGUUCUUUGACUAGACAAAAUGGAAGUCUUCAAAUGGACCCAUUUUUGUCCGGAGACAAUCACGCACGGCAAGAAUCAAGUGAUAGUGGUUUGAGCUUGUCUUCAAAUACGUUUUCCGCUACGACAGACCUUAUGCCGAACAUUGAUGAUAGUAUGGAUUGCAUAAGUGAAUCAGGUAGCCUUAAUGCUUUAAGUGGUAUCGAUUGCCCGGAUAAUCUCGUGUCGUCAUUACAGCUCGAGGACAACAUAUGUAAUGAAAUGUUCAGCGACGUGCAUAGCAUGUUGAAUGCAUCUGCAACGAAGCCUGAUACUUUGGACUGGUAUAAGAUAAAUUAAACUUCAUAAGAGCAUGAAUUAGAUUUGUAUAACAAAGUAUCAAAUGUUUCGUCCUUUUUGGUUAAACAAUUUUUAUCAACAUAAUUUCAGCCGUAAACAACUGAUGUUAAACAUUAAGAUUAGUUUGAAAAUAAAUAUAACUUUAUAACAAAACUCGAGAAA